AUAUAUACCAAACCCAUAGCCAUAGCCAUACCCAUACUAUAGCCUCGCCUCAUUUGCUGCUGCCUCUGCCCGAAAAGCUCAGAAGUGGGCAUGUCAGCGAAAAUCACCGUAAAUUUUCCGCAUUGUUUAAAAUUUAUUACACUUUCAGAUUUGCCAGCGAACUGAACCGCACCGCGAACGGGGGGCAAACGAUGCCUGAAUGUUGGGGGUGUUGGUGCGGUUGAUGAGGAAGUCGUUUGGGGCACGCCCUUUGUUUGCCGGGGUUGAGUUCACCAACAUCAAAUGUUCGUCUUCUGACACUUCGUACGUUUACUACGAGAGUUGCCGUAUUAAAUCGGUGAAUAGGACGUAUAAGUAUAUUUCUGUGAAUUCCAGACUGUUAAUAUUGCCCCUUACAAAUGCCACAAUAAACGUUGCCCUAUACAAGCGAUAUAAUGGCUAUAAGCCAUUUCUCUACAACGUUUCUGUGGAUGCCUGUAGAUUUUUGAGAACUCAAAAAUCGAACAUAGUCGUUAAAUAUUUAUUCGAUUUAAUUCUCUUAAAAUCGAAUAUAAGAAGUCCGACCUGCCCAUUCAAUUCCUUUAUUUCUGUGGAUAAGCUGACUACCAACUUUCUGAAUAAUAAGCUUACGCAAGUUCUGCCAGUUCCCGAAGGCGACUAUCUUUUUGCAUUUAGAUGGUUCUCUUAUAAUAUUUAUCGUUCCUCUGUAAACGUAUAUAUAACGAUUUCCUAAAUGUUAGUUUUGAAAACUUGGACGCCUAGGU